GUUCAAAAAAAAAAAAAUGGUGUCUGGAUGUUCUGUUUUUGGCUCUAGCCAACAUUUCCAUGUCCAACAAGUAAUUUCACUUCUACAAAAGAAACAUCUUUUUGUGCAAAAAAAGAUACUGCCAAAAGAUAUUGCCAGCAACUAAAAAAUGGAUUCACCAAAAUUCCAAAAGCACUAAAUAACGAAACAACAACAAUUAUUGGCAGCAUUUGCAUGCAAAUCUACUUGGAAAGCACCAGUGCUCCCAGCCUCAGAUCCCUCCAAAAUACACCCAACUGCCUGUGACUUUGGAUUCUCCACGUCCCAACCAUGCAAAUCCUAAAAACCCCUAUAAAUACAGACCACCCCCAGCCCUGUUUACCACCACAACUCCCACUUUUAUCACCAACAUCAAAGAGUUACAAUGGCCAAGCUCACAAUCCUAGCAGCAGCUGCCCUUCUAGGCCUCUUGGCCCUUGCCCAGGCAACCAGGACCACCAUCACCACCACGGUGGUGGAGGAGGACAACCCCGGGAAACAGCAGCGCUGCCGCGAGCAGGUCCAGAGGCAGCAAAACCUCCGCGACUGCCAGAGGUACUUGCAGCAGCAGGCGAGAGGAGGAGGAGGAGGGUACGACGUCAUGAUGAUCACCGACCCAAACCCUCACCAGCAGCAGCAGCUCCGCCAGUGCUGCAAGCAGCUGGAGAACCUCAACGAGCAGUGCCGGUGCGAGGGCAUGAGGGAGGCCGUGAGGCAGCAGAGGGAGCAGGGGGAGAUGCAGGGCGAGGAGAUGAGGGAGAUGAUGCAGCAGGCUGAGAACCUGCCUUCCAGGUGCAACCUCAGCCCCCGACGAUGCCAAAUCCGAGCCUCCAUGUUCUAAAUGAUGAGGCCACAAUCUACUGGGUAGACUUUAGCUAUGUGCAUGAUAAUAAAACUUAUCCUUCUAGCCAAGCUUUUUAGCUGGAGAUAGGGGUAAGGUGACUAUUGUAAUAACCACACUAUCGUGUGUUUCAACUUCGGAGGCCUUGUACUAAGGAGUCUUUUGUGAUCCAUAUUAUGAUAUCUGUUUUCAGUUGUUUUC